UUUGUGCUUUUCUUGAGUGUCACAUUUGGAAAAUGUUGUUGGGGGAGAGAUUGCUACAAUGUCAAGUUUUUAACACACCGCCUGUUAUUUUUUCCUAAAGCAAAAGCAACAGAUUUACACCACCAAAAGUCAUGUUUCUAUGAUCUCUCUAACCCACGCCAUGAUAGGAUAUCAAUAGGGUCGUUGGCUUUUGCCUUUUGUUGAUGCUUGCAAGUUCAAACCAGUUGUAAAAUAUGUCCGAUCGAAGUGGUUAUAAUUACACAUUAAGCUCUCUCUUUCCUACUUUCCUCCCUUGGGAAAUUUUGAAAGAUCAUCCAUCUUACUUCAGAACCAUUUUCUUGCUGCUUCCAGCUAUAUAUUAUUUUUCACGGUUUGGAGGAUUAUUUUCUCAAGCUCUCCUGAACUGCAAUGAUGAAGAAAUCUCCAUCAUAUUCGAGAUAUGAAACAAGUGCUUACAGUGGCGAUGGCUUUGAUCCCCAUGUGGACUUCUCGCAGUUCUUGGAAGAGGCAAGACACCACGCAGGAGUAGAUUUACAGAGCUCACCAUUCAAUCCAGAAGAAAGUGGAAAGAAAAGAUUGCCCGAAGAGAAACAGGGCAAGAAAUCAUGGAAGAAUUCUCUUUUAUCAUGGUGGAAGACUGACAGAAAGCGCAACAGGCCUCAAGUGGAACCGACAAGUAGUUCUUACAUUUCUGUUACAAAACGGCGUCUCGUUUCUGGUCCAAUACAUGGCAGUGGCAAGACCAAUGAUGGCAGGCAGUGGCACCGGCGUUCCACAUCUGGGCCUCUCACCGGUCUUUUCAACCCCACAAAGAGAGUGGAGAAUGGGAUACCUUAUGUGAGUCUUGACCAGCUAGACAGACCUCAUGCCGUCCAGACCUAUGGACCUGUUUACCUCGUAACUUAGUGUAUGGACACCAACCAACAUCAACAACAAGUUUUUGAGUCAAA